AUGGAUCAAGGCUCGACUCACAACGAUAACCAGUCUGUCUCAGGGGUUCCUACUGAAGCUAUCCCAGCGGCGCCGUCUCAUGAAACAAGUUCUGGCGAGAGGAUUUCCACCGAGAUAAAUGCCGCCGAUGGAAGCAAUCUUGUCGGAGCUUCAUCUCCUGCAGUGUACGCCACAUACUUAGAAUAUGUCUCCUCCAUUGAAGCUCGAUGGCCAGAAUAUCGACCGUUUCGAGAAUUCCUGCAAAAGCAGAAAGAUGAAGGAGUUGUUUUACAGACCCAGUUCGUUGAAGUAAUAGACGUUUCGUCGGCUGGAAAGCUCUCUCAUAAGCGAUACGGGGAAGAUUUCGACUAUCUUCCGGAGCUCGAGAGACUUUCUGAAACUCUAAAUGAAGCCCCUGAAGACAUGAAAACCCGUAUUAUAGUCGUGGACAACAAUUUCUACUCGAUGCCUAAGGCUUUCAUGGAUGUUAUCGGUCUUGCUUUUGAUAUCGAACCUUUGAUGUUCUGGACAGCGAUCUGGAGCUACAAACACAACAAAGAUUUCGUUAGCUUGAGAUCCAACCAUGGGGUCAGUGUCUUGGGACUACCACAUCUGCCUUUAGCACCUAGAUUUCUUCAUCUCGGGGAUGGUACGUGCGUCCAAGUCAUACCUCAAGCCACAAUUGGUGGCGUCCAGACAAAUUGCUUUAUCAUUAUUGUGCUCACGAACACCGAGUCCUCCCGCAGAGCAAGAGCAGUUCUCUAUGAUACAAAUGAUAGGCCCCACCUUCAUGCGCAGUUGGAGGCAUGGACAUUCCCGGAAACCAGUUUCGUCAGGCCAUCAGUGCUAUAUAGAUCAGCUUUGUCGCGUUUAACAGAACCUCAGCUCACAUCCGCAAGUCACGAUCCAAUACUAUUUUUGCCGCCUCUCAUUCAUCAACAUACCGCGAUGUUUGUUACACAAACUUCGUUUUCGGAGGCGAAAUAUCAGUUGCAAAGUGACAAUAAUGCGAGGAGGGAAUUUGAUACUUUGCCAAAUCUGUGGACUGAAUUGCGAGACGCCAUCGAACAAUUUGAACUAGCUAUUGAAAACUGCGCACGAUUUCUGAAACAUUAUGGCCGGUUCGAAGAAGAAGUAUUUGCUGGUCUUCGGAGCAACCAGGAUUUGGCGCUGACACGAGCUCGGCGGCUCGAGCAGCAGAUUCGAGAUUAUGCGCAGUUAGAGGUUGGGCGGUUAAGCUUAGAAGAGUCCAGGAAAUCGAUCGAGGCCUCAAACACGCAGAUUGAGGAGGGAAAGCGAGUAAAACUGGUCACGGUUCUGGGCUUUAUCUUCGUCCCGAUUAACCUGGCAACCUCGAUUUUUGGCAUGAACAUUCAAGAAUUGAAUUACACCGGCCAGAGGUUAUGGGUCUUCCUCGUGACGACAUUUGCUAUGGUCGCGCUUGUACUAUUCUCCUGGAUGGCUUCCCGAAAACUCCUGAAGAUGAGGGACGAUUAUUACGAUACCCAAAGGAACACCGGCUGGGAACCCGAAAUGGAAAGCUGGGCAACCAGAUUAGCGAGCAUCUGGUGGCUCUUGAAGAAAGGCCGUGCAAUAUGGAUGCUUCGGUCCAAAGCAUUUCUUGCACUAGUCACAGAUGGUCGAGUGGCAAUGAAUGGUGAAUGGUUAACUGGAUAUACUGACGCUCCUGCUCUCUAUUCACGUUUUCCAACGUCGUAUAUCAGAGAUUUUCGCAAUAUACGCAAUCUGGAUUCAGCGUUUCCGAACACGCUCUCCUCCGCUGGAACGCCAGGCAGAAGACCAACAACAACACGGUUUCUAUCAUCGUUUAGAAUGACAACAGCUAACAACGACCAUCUACGAGAUGGACCAACUUCUAGUUUGGCUGCCUCGACCUCAGUCGAUAUCGACGUGGUCUAA